UACGAUAUUUGCUCAUCGUCCCGAACAUUGACGAGUGGCCUUGCCUGAACCACCGCCGUCGAUGGCUAUUGUUUGGUGAUUGCCUAUGCGUACAGUGUCGUAGCUUCGCUCGUCAAAUCUUCUGUCUACCUACGUACUCGUUCAGAGGUUGCUGUCGGUCGUAGAGGUGGCCCAAAUCAGCCGCACAAUCUUAUGAUGAUGGAGGGAUUGCUAUCAUUGUCGUUGGCUGCUGCGAGUGCAGCUCCCAUCCCCGUUUCGAGAGACACGUCGCAAGAUAGCGGAUUCGCAAGUAGCUAUGGUGGCCAGAACAGCGUCGGCAAUGGUCCAAACAAUGUUAGCAGCAGCUUAGCCACGAAGUCGCACCCCCACAAGCAUCGUCGGUUGUCGUCCACAGGACAGGCGAGGAGACUGAGCGAUGCUCGAGAGGCAGCGAGUCGACCGUCGCCUAUAGGGCUCUCCACAGCGGCGGCGGCACUUACAUCGCUCGCGAAGCUUUCGCUAUCAGCCACGCCUCCGCCCCAGACAGCGACUACCCUCGUCUCAGCAUCAGGUGUCAUCCAUUCCUCCUCGUCCGCAGCAGUGUCGCAGCAGAACGCGAGCAAUGAAGUCAGUGUCAAGUCAGAAGAGGUUGACCGCUUGCCCACCAAGACAGAUAUUGCCGGUGCCGGCAUCAGCAUUACAAGUGCCAAGGGCAGCAGAGGGAAGAAGAGGAGCACGAUCCUCAAGUGCGAGAGCUGUUCGAAGGCGUACCGCCAUCCGUCUUGUCUAAUCAAGCACCGCUGGGAGCACUCACCACAUUGGCGAGAGGCGUCCAAGCUCCUGCUCAGCAAGCACCAGCAAGUUCAGCUGCUUGAGGCAGCGGCCAUCCUUUCACACCUCUCUCCCUCCUCGCGGGGCGGCACCUCGCUCCCAGAGGACCGUUCGCUCUGGCCGUCGUUCCUCUCUGGCGGUCUGCUACCGCCGCCGAGCCCAGUGAACACGAUCCCGCGCUCAUCCUCCGCCGCCGAGCCGUCCGCACCGUUCCCCUCUUCCAGCUCGGUACCUGCAUCGUCCGUGUUCUCAUCCUCGGAGCGCUCAGGCCCGCGCAUGCGCGACUACUCCGUCCUCGCCACAGGCGGCAUCACCCAACUCCGUCCAGGCGUGCUCGCAGUGCCGACUGGGUCCCAAAGUCCCGCCAUGCGCGCUUCGCCAUCAGACGAGAACCCGCUUCAGCGAUCCGCCGCUGUGCCUGUGCCCACGCCUGAGCGCGAGCCACUGAGCUACAGCUUUGCGAGCCAGCAGUCGGACACCUGGAGUUCGCCCAUCUCGAUUGGCUUCGCGCAGUCGUCCUUCCGCUCGUCGUCUGCAUUUGAGCAUUCGUACUCGGAGGGCACUGGUGAAUGGUCCAUCCCACGCUCAUCGAUUCGUUCUUGCUCCCGUUCGCGCAGUGGUUCCGUGUCGGAGAGUGACUAUGUGGACGUGGAUGGAGAUGGAGAUGACUAUGGCAUUGCCGGCAGGCAUUACGGUUUCUCGGCGAGGUCGCAGAAGGUAGACGAGGGUAUCAGGGCUGUUAAGGUCGGCCAUGACAAGAUCGAAGAGGAAUGGGACGGGAUGGAGAUGGAGAUGGAGAUGUGAUAAGUGGAGCGCGGGUCAAUGAACGCGCGAUGGACGUUGGUGGAAGUGACGAAUGAAUCGUGAGCGUGGCGAAUAUUCGAAUAUUCAUGUACAAAGUAUCGAUUUUGGUGAUCUGCGAUUGAGAGUUAUUUAUCAUGUCUGGUUCGCUCAACUUAUAUGUACCUGUACCAUCUUGCGAAACCGUUCCUCAUCUUUACCUACCGGGCUGUCGGAUCCACUCUGUACAUAGGAAUUCCCUCAUGUGGAUGGAUGAAAUGAAAUGCAAUCGCGGUUAUCGAU